UUUUUUUUUCGCUGGUAACCUCCCUGCACUUGCGAAGUACCCAUCGAACCCAGUUACAUAGUACCCCGUUAGUGAUGCCAAACACCCACGUCUUCAGCCCCGUCGAUAGAUCGCCUAGUCCACUUGUUACUACUCUAUAUAUCGUCCCCAUCUGCCGAUCGGGUUUGACUUGAGGCAUACCCUUCAUUCUCAUCACAGUCCUGGUCGAGCAUUAGUUCGUCAUUAUUCUCAGAGUCGACUGUCGUGCCGCUCAAUCAUAGCAUCGACAAACCUUAAGUCGGUAUAUCACCUACUUUUGAGCAAGAUUAGACAGGCCACGCCACGAGGUCAACGUGAGAACGUUUAUUAGCUCAGCCGCUGCCCACAAACACAAAACCAUCAUAUCUUUGCCACAAAUCAGACCGUGAAAGUCAUCAUCUUUCACGUGAAACCAACAAGCUCUAGGUCCUCACCUUCGAUACCAUGGCAGACCAGAGAAGAGGACCGUGGUCCCAGCAAGAGGACAACUUACUCAUGCAGCUAGUUGAGGAGCAAGGCGCUCUCAACUGGGUAAAAAUAUCCUCCAUGCUUGGAACGAGGACGCCGAAACAAUGCAGAGAGCGAUUCCACCAAAACCUCAAGCCAACCCUCAAUCAUGAGCCUAUCACACCAGAAGAGGGUGAGGAGAUUGAAAGGCUAGUACAUCAGAUUGGCAAGCGCUGGGCUGAGAUUGCUCGCCGUCUGCAUAACCGGAGUGACAAUGCCGUUAAGAACUGGUGGAAUGGAAGCAUGAACAGGCGUAAGCGGGUGGCACGUAAGAGACAGCCAUACGACGACAACAAUGAUCUCUACCGAUACUCACACACCCCUCGACUUCACUUGUCAUCACUGUCCACUGUUCCCUACACGCAGACACAACAAUACGCCCUGCCGUCACCUUCGGGCUCGUCCAGUCAUCAUCAAUAUUCUUCUUGGAGUACAGGAUCGAACACGUCGAUAUCGCCUACUGUUGAAUCUAUCAACGACGGCGCACCUUCCCUGGUAUCGGAUGCAGGCUCAUACUACUCGGAGUCUCCUACGGGAUACCCUCCGGAGUCGCCCAGCUACACCACAAGCCUUCCACCACUAAGGUUUGGAGACAGCGCACCUUCUCCCCAGAACUACUACUACGACACAAGUUCGAAACAACAGCAACAACUACCAUCUAUCCGGGAUGCUUUGGAUGGCAGAUCACAGCUGCCUACAGCGCCCAGCUCGCCGGUGAUAAUACCCGUACCGAGAAUAUACCGUUCGACACCUCGGAGUCCACCAAGGGCGGAUUCACCACCACCCGUUGAUCCGAGGAUGAGAUUGAACAACUUGUUACACUAGUGGAAUGCAUUUCUAUUUUAUUUCAACGGCGUCAUGGGUUUGCUUCAUCACAGCAUUGCUUUAUUAGCGGCUAGGUACAUUGACUACGGCGGGAGCGCGGAUGGGCAUGCCUCCAGGCAGUUUGGAGAGUGGUAAUUGAACCGAAUGACGAGGAUCAUGAUGAUUAUUGUAAUUAAUAUUUGGCAUACCCAAAAGUCCAUCGCUGUACUUUAGAUUGCGCCAUGUUCGCGCUGACACACUAUGAUACCACAAACUAUCAUGAAUUGCACUACUACUACACAAUUACUA